CCGAACUCGCGCGGCACUUUUGACGCGCGCACGCUCUCGAAAGCAAAAAGAAGAAAAAAGAAAUGAAGACACGGAAGGGGUGAAAUAAUGAAGAUGGUAAACGCCACAUGAGCGCGCGUGCGCGUGACAACUGCCUUGCCUGGGCGUGUGCUCAGAAAAGGAGACAGUGGAAGAGAGCCCGCAGCUGUUGCGUGGAUUUCGCUUCAAUCCAGGGUCGCAUCCGGAAAAGGUUAGAGGAUGUGGCAUUGAAACCCCCAGUCUACGAAGUGAAUGAACUCUUUCGACCACCGUGCAACGGGUUCGCUGGCAACCGCGUGGGUCACCGCGAACGGGUCUUCUGCCGGAUUACCAAGGGGAAACAUCAGACAACACAACUGGCUGCAGACUGCAGGACACGGACCAACCACUUCCUGCUCUUCAGCACGAUGUUGAUAACGCUGCCGGGAAGCUUCGUUUGGCACGAAGGAGAAAGGCAUGUAUCGCCUCUCGGAAGAACAGCAAGAAAGAAAAACAGAAAAGCGGAAGAUGACAGCGGGGCCGAGUCAUACGCCUCGAAAAAAUCUCCGCGGCAAAGCUACGUUUUGAGCUGCCCUUUCUCCUUCAUAACUCGAGGGAGCGGCCUUGAGGAGUGAGUCAAGUGAAGAGAUACGUUUGGAAAUUUAAAAUAUUUUUAUAAUUGAAACUCGUAAGACUUGCCGAAAUAAUAUUAUUUAACUGAGCGUAUUAUAAUUCACGGCUUUUUGUUUCGAGGCAACUAUGAAGAUAUAAGUGUCGCCCAGGACUGGCGAGACGGAGGCAGUCAGCCGGGGAUGGAGCACGGAAGGCACGACUUUUGCUAGCACCAGGAGACAUGAGGAGGGGGCCCGUGAUUUAUCUGCUGAAAUAAAUAUUUAAAAAUAAGACAAACUAAAAAAAAUCCCCGCUUAGAAUUCCACCCCUCAAAAUCCAUCUACUGAAAUAAACAAUUUAAAAAUCUACGCUCUUAAAAUCCACACUGUCGAAAUAAAUCAACUUUAGGCCUAGUGAGGAACUCUGACGUACGUUUGUCUACGGGCAACACAAUGUUGCCCAUGGUUGUGCAAAGGACUGGUGUUGUACAUUUCUUUGUUCGUUCCUUUGUUUCGCCCUAAACGCAGGGGUGCUGUUCCAGGUCCUUCCGCGACAACCUCAAGUCUCGCCUGGUCAGCCUCGGGUACUCCAUCGCCCUCGCAACACUACUUGGCACACGGAACAGUGGUGUAACCGCGGUGCUUCUCCACUACCUACGUGAUACCGGUCUCCUCAGCAACCUGUGACAUCGUGUGUGGGACGACGGAAAACAUCUGACCCCUCAUCGCCUUACUUUUAACUGCCGCAGGACCACGCUCUAGCGAAUCAUUUAUUAAGGUACAGCCACCAACGAGAGAGGAUGGAUUUUGAAAGAUUUGUCUCGACGUGUUGAUUUUGCGAAGUUUAUCCUUCAGAGUUUAUUUUGGCCACGCUGGUAUCGGCGCGAUUUAUUUUUAAAAGUUUAUUUAGGAAGUUGAAUUUAGGGCGUCCCGCUCGUUGGUAGUAGCCGAGGUCGUGCUGAAGAGUGGGAGGUGGUGGGUUCGAAUCCUAUCACCGGCUGUGCUGACUGAGGUUUUCCGAAGAGUUUCCAUACGAACGUCGGCACAGCUCCCCCUGAAGUCGGCCCAGGACGCAUACUAACCUUCCUGUCCCCCACUCCUUUCUGCUA